CCGAACUCUACGAAGAUGAGCGUGAACGUGGACAGGAUCCUGAGUAGCCCCGAGGCCACAUACACGGCCACAUACAACCAGCGCGAUCUGCUGUUAUACGCUGUGGGCAUCGGCGAGUCGGCGCUGCAGUUCACGUACGAAUUCGACGACACGUUCGCCGCCUUCCCGCUCUACCCAGUUUGCCUUCCCUUCAAGGGUCAGUCGCAGGAUGUAGUGCCUUUCCCGCCUGAAACCAUAUCAGCCACACCCGAUGGCAUGCCCGCGUUCAAUCCGGCCAUGAUUCUUCACGGCGAGCAGUCAGUGGAGAUCGUGCGGCCUCUGGACCCAGUGGGAGGCAUCCUCACGGGCAAGACGAAGGUCAUUUCCUUCUACAAUAAGGGCAAGGGCACGCUAAUGGAAACGCAAACCCAGUUUGAGGACGCCAACGGAAUCGUGGCCAAACUCAUCAGCGGAUCGUUCAUCCGCGGACUCACGGGCUACGAGGGCAAGGGCCGCAAGCUCCCUGCCCGCGUGCAGAUCCCAAAGCGCCAGCCGGACUUCUACGAUGAGUUUAAGACGUCGCCUCACCAGGCCCAGGUCUACCGCUUGUCUGGUGACUACAACUCGCUGCACAUUGACCCAGAGAUCGCUAAGAGCGUCGGCUUCAAGCAGCCCAUCCUGCACGGCCUGUGCUCUAUGGGCGUGGCCAGUCGCGCGCUGUACAAGCAGUUUUGCGGCGGCGACGUGGCGCGCUUCAAGUCCAUUCGCGUGCGCUUCUCAAGCCCAUGCUUCCCAGGCGAGACCAUCCAGACCCGCAUGUGGCAGGAGAGCAGUGGCAAGGUCCUCUUCCAAGCCGUGGUCAAGGAGCGCGGCGUCGUUAUCGUUGACGGUGGCGAAUUCGUGUACGCCAUGGACGCGUCCUCACGCCUGUAAGCCAGUUGUUUAAGCAAAGCAAGAUCCAGUGCUGCAAAGCGAAGGAGGCAAUAUCCGCGUUUAAAUGUACUUCAAUGACGUCAACGUCAUGAACAA